GAAUGGUGUGGAUGGUACUCUCUUUAUUUAACACACCUCAUUAGUUUUGAUCUCACCAUGAAGUACAGGACGGUGGUGAUGUACAUGGAGAUCGGCUGCUUCGUGUCCUGCCUGUGUGGCUGGAUCCUGGUGUGCUCCACUCUCCCCACAGAGUACUGGACCUUCUCCGAGGUGGGCAGCGUCGUGCUGACAACCUCCAACUACUACUCCAACCUGUGGAGGGACUGCAUCUCCGACACCACGGGGGUCUCCGACUGCAAGGACUAUCCCUCCAUGCUGGCCCUGCCUGCGUUCCUCCACGCCUGCAGAGCGCUCGCUGUCUGUUCUGUUAUCACUGGUUUCUUUGGAGGCGUCCUCACACUCGUGGGGAUGAAAUGCACUAAAAUCGGUGGAUCAGAGGUUGCCAAUGCGAGGGUGACCUUUGCAGCUGGUAUUACCUACCUGGUUUCAGGAUUCUGUGGUAUGAUCACCUACUCAUGGUGGGCCAACAAACUCGUGACAGAAUUCUUGGAUCCAACUUUCAGGGCACAGAAAUUUGAAAUUGGAGCGGCUAUUUUCGUUGGCUGGGGAGGCUCCACUCUUCUCAUCUCUGGAGCAACAGUGAUGACUUACUUCUCCGGAAAAGAAGGUCUACCAUCAAGAUCUCCAAAGAGGCCUCACAGGCCGGCCACUUACGCCACCGCCCGGACCCGGCAGACCUACAUGCUGCCGAACACGUCCUCCAGAGGGAAUAAGGGGCCACCGCUUUACUAUGAAGGCAGGAAGAGCCGAGGGACAAGAGCCCCCACGAAGACCAGCGCGACCUUCAACAGGGACAGCUUCGUCUAAAGUCUGAGCCGAGGAAGUGACUUCAAAGACUUAAUUAGAAUAAUCAAUACCACUCUAGUGUCUUGAUGUUCAAUAUGAAGCCACAGACAGCAUUCUGUAAGCCUAGAUUAGCAUAAAGGUAAUCUUGAUGCUGCAAUUAGUCAAUAUUUUUGUAUUUAUAGCUGUUUCUUCAUCAGUGAGCAUCCACCUUUAACUCUAACCCGUCCUAUCUGCCUUCUUUGUUCCUUUGAGACAGGGUGAAAGUAUAAAUGAGUACAAAAAGGAGAAACAUUGCUCAUAUAGUACCUUCACAGCAUGUGAUACGACUUGGUAUUUUAGUUUAAAAUGAAGACCUUUCCAUGCUUCAUCUAACCUUUUUUAGUGUCUUGCCUUCAUCAGGUAUGCAUCACUUUCCAUUUAUACAUUAUUGUGACUUAUGAUGAAACUAAAUUAACAUAACAUAACAUUCUCAAUACGUAUACGACACUUUCAGAAAGUAUAACUAUUGAUGAGCAAAUUAAUUCAGUGUCCAUAUUAGGUUUCCUUUCCUUUUUGGUAUAUACUUGGUGGCAUCUUACAGAGUUGUUCUGCACUUCUUCCAGGUCGCCAGAAGAUGGCACUCAAAAUCAGACCAUCAAAUGAUGAUGUUUGGUAUGCAUAGUAUCUAUGGUGGCUAUAAGUCACAUUACUGAUCACUUAUUCAACCCCAGAUUCCACCCUGAAGAAGGAAAGACAGCUGAAAAUGGUUUGGUAAAUGAAGCAUGGUGUACUGUGGACUUCUUUCCUCAGAGCCAAUGAUAUUCGAGGAGGCCGUGGUGUCAGAACAGGAAGCAGUCACAGCUGUCAGCCUCCAUAAAAAGCCAGUUGCUCAUAUUACAAAUGAGCUUCAUGGCCAAGUCAGCCAGUCAGAGUGAAGCGCUGACACUUAAGCUGAUGCUGAUAGUUAAUCAUUUAUCAUCUCACACCAUAAGCAGCGGUGGAGGAAGUAUUCAAAUC